AAAUGUCAGGACUCUACCUUUCUCUUUCUCUCUUUCCUCCCAAGAAACCCUAAUUACCCCAACAUUUAUCCUUUUUAUAUUUUUAAAUUAUUAAGACGUUCAAUUGCAGACAAAUCACACGCACAAUACACACACUCCAGGAUAAAAGAUGGCUGAUGAUUCGAAUAUGGUGAACGGCGAAUUUGUGGAUGCUCAAACGGUGGAUAUUGCUGGAGAGGAAAUCUCCGGUUACGAAUCGAAAGUUGCUGAACUUUCAGAGAUGAUUGAGGCGUUGGAGAAAGAAAAGCAGCAGGUGGUUUAUGAGAAUAAGACUGUUAAUGAUAGGAUUGAGAAAAUGAAGGAAUCAAUGAAGCAUUUGAGCUCUGAGAAUGAGGAACUGAAGGGCCAGGUCGAGAAAUUGGGCUCGGAGAGCAAGGCUUUGCAAUCUGUAGCUGCUAGGGCUGGUGAGCUUGAGGGCGAAGUAUCACGACUGCAGCAUGAUCUGAUUUCUGCUAUGAGUGAUUUGGACGAGGCUAACAGUGAUGUUUCUAAGUGGAAAACGAAGGUGGAGAGUUUGGAGAAUGGGGCGACGGAGAAGUCAAUUAAGCUGGAUGCUGUUAUCAGUGAGAGGGAUCUGUUGAUUGGUAAAGUGGAGGACUUGAAGGCCAAAGUUGGAGAAAAGGAGAAGGAGAUUAAGGUUUUGGAGGGUAGGAUUGAGGAGUUGAAAUUGGCUGCGAGUGAGAGAGAGGAGUUAUUGCGAAAGGUAAGGGAAUUGGAAGGGAAGUUGGAGGAGAAAGAGAGGGUGAUUAACGGGUUGGAAGUGAAACAGAGGGAGGUUGAUGGUCUGGAGAAUGGGAAGGUGGCUGUGGUGGAGGAGGAUGUGGGGAGUGUGGUCGAGGGCCGGGAGAAGAAUUGCGCUGCUCGACUUAAGGGGGAGUGGCCUGUGGUGGCUGUUUCUGCUGUCAGUGCUGUGGCUCUGACAGGGGUGCUGUGUUAUCUUCAUUACAAGAAAAGGUGAAUUUCCGUAGUUUGACGAUGGAAGAGAAGUUUGCAGGUUAGGGUUUUUGUUGCUGACCUUGAGUAAGGAAAUGGCUCAAUUUUGAUGGUUUUGAUGGUUGUGUCAGGCUUUAUUAUUAUUAAGCUUUCUAGCUUUAGUGGAUAAUUUCUUAUAGAUGUAGUAGUAUUGUUGUUAAUCAGUGUUAAAGGGAUAUGUUUUGCCUGGGUAAUGACAGUUUGUUGGAUGCUUUGCAAUAACCACUUUUUUUUGUCCCAUUUUGGUAA